AAAGCCGACCUAUUGGAGGAAGGCUCGUUUGAUUCUCUAGUAGAUGGCUGUGAGGGGGUUUUCCACACAGCAUCUCCAUAUAUCGAUUCAUUCACGGAUCCACAGGUAGAAUUAAUCGAUCCUGCUCUAAAGGGGACUCUUAACAUUCUCGGAUCAUGUUCUAGAACACCAUCUGUGAAAAGAGUGAUUUUGACAUCUUCUAUCGCUGCAGUUGCAUUUGAUGGUCGUCCUCAAACUCCUGAAGUUGUAGUCGAUGAGACUUGGUGGUCGAACCCAGAUUUUUGCAGAGAAAAUAAACUCUGGUAUAUCCUUUCAAAGACAUUAGCUGAAGAUGCUGCCUGGAAAUUUGUAAAGGAGAAGGGCAUUGACAUGGUUGUGAUAAACCCAGCAAUGGUUAUUGGUCCUUUAUUGCAGCCAACACUUAAUACGAGUGCUACUAAAAUUUUGGGCUUACUAACUGGUGGAGAAACAUACCCAAAUUCUGCCUUUGGAUGGGUUCAUGUUAAGGAUAUUGCCAAUGCACAUGUUCUGGCAUUUGAGAAUCCUUCGGCUAAUGGAAGAUAUUGUAUUGUUGAGAGAGUUGCACACUAUUCUGAUAUCGUGAAGAUAUUGACUGAGCUCUAUCCCGAUCUUCAACUUCCGAAAAAGUGUGCGGAUGAAAAGCCAUAUAUAGCAAUGUACAAUGUAUCCAAGGAAAGAGCAAAGAGCCUGGGUUUGGAAUUCACACCUCUUGAAGAAAGCAUCAAAGAAACUGUUGAAAGCUUGAAGGAGAAGAACUUCUUUAAGCCCCCUAUUACCUCCAAGUGAAAAUCAUUCAUAAGAGGAUGCUGAAUCACUAUUGUGGAUCAACACCUUUAUCGCUUGUUUGGUACGGUAGCAACUACAGUCCAGUCUAAUAUUAUGUAUGAAACACGCUAAUUUUGCUUUGUCAAUAUAAUGGAAUGGUAUGACUAGACUCACGGGAUCUUUCCAUUUUUCAGCCCUGUUUAAAUUCCAUUUAUAAAUGAUACUAGUAAUAUACCAUUGUGGCUUAUAUAUAAUGAAUUUCAAUGAAAUUAGAAGAGAGAGGAGGUUC